AUGCAGCCCUCGUACGAUGCGGAUGACUUCAUGCGUCGUGGAUUCUUUGGAUCCAUAAUCGGAUUCCGAAAACGAUCAUCCAGCAAACCAGAUAGUUUACAUCUGCGUCUCUUCAUCUUCCACACCAUUUCCCUCUUACUUUUUCUCUUUUUCGUUUCUUCGAUCACUCAACACAAACAGAAAGUUAUCAUUCAAUGCAUCACAACUCCCGAUUUCUCCUGUCCCACAACUCCGCAACCAUCCAAUUACUACACUCCACUCCCGUUGCCACCACAACAUCCACUUGUUGAUCCGAAUCUGUUGAUGCCAACUCCUCCACAAUCAGAAAUGAUGCAUCAUCCAUCCCAAUACCAUAUGGUUAUGAGUCCACUCGCACCACAUCCGAUUCCAGUGGAUCCCAAUGGAAUACCCCUUGGAACUCAAUGUCCAAUGGCUCCACCACCAUAUUCUUCAUUUGCUCCACAAUCUUCAUCUGGAAUGCAACAACCACCAUCCAUUCCACAAAUGGCCAACAUUCCAUUCGACGUGAAGAAAGAAAUUCACGAGCAUUUGGUGUUGAACAACGGAAAACAGCAAAUGUCGAUUGAAGACAUCGUGAAACUCGUUGUCGUUGCCCUCAAAGAUUCUCAAAUCGAAGAAGGAAAAGAGGAAGAAGAGACACCUGAAGAGAUCCUCCGACGAAAGAGGAUUCAGAAUAAUUUGGCAGCCGCCAGAUAUCGUAAGAGACAACGCGAGGCUCGCGAGAGUGCUGAGCAAGAGCUGGGUGAUCUUACGAAGAGGAACGAUGAGCUCCGCGAGCAAGUUUAUAGAAUGGAGAGAGAGAUCAGCCAACUGAAGCAGGCUGUUCUUGGAAGACAGUAA